GUGAAUGUUUUGUUUUUAUUUCAUUUCUUGCGCCCGCCCGUUGUUAUUGACAGAGCAAUUUCAUUAUUUUAGAAAAUACUUUGAAAAUAAUUUAUUAUUAAGGACUAUUGUACUUGGAAGUAAAUUUUACAUUAACACAAUGGCUACGAUUCCCCGACCAACACUGAAUCGUAUACCGGGAAUGCCCAUUGCCAAAAAAGAGGUCCACGUUAAAGAUUUAACGAAGCUAACACAAUUGGAGCUGUUGGACAUUAAGGAGAGAGAAGCAAAGCUAUUGGCCAACAAAGCAAAGUUGCAGAAGCUGCCGGACAAGGGGAAACGUAUACAGGAUUUCUAUGAUAAAGUUGUGGCUGAAUUGGAUCGAAGAUCAAAUGUUGAUGAAGCAGCCAAGAUGUUCUCUGGUCUGAAUAUUGCUUCUAAAGGACAGAAGACACUAAAUGAAAUGGAGUGGCGGGGGAGAAUCGGUGCAAUUGAAGAAGAUCAUAACCCCUUGGAUGAUGUAUUGGAUAGCGAUGAUGAAUUGGAAAUGGAUCCACUGCGUAUUAUAGCACAAAAACAAAUGCAUGAACGUAAAGUGAAAAUUGAGAAACCUGAACCUAAAUUGAUAACCGAAGAAGACUUGAAGGAAAUAGAAUCGUUUAAGAGUAACUCUCCUGAUUCGGGUAUUAAUGCAGAUAAUAAUGUGGGUGAUUCACAUGGCUCGGCAACAACGGAGGGUGGUGAAAAUAUCAAUAAUGAAACUAUUCCUACAGAAAGCAUUGAAAAGGAUAAAACAACUGUUUCCAAUGAUAAAGAAGGCCCAGGAAGUAAUGAUAAUGAUAUGGAAGAUAAUGAGGCAAUCGAUGCUGAAAUUGUCUCCAUUGAUAUUCGAGCUAAAUUGGAAUCGUUAAAGCCGAAAUUAGAAAGUCUAAAUAAUAGUUUAAAUUCUUCAUUAAAUAACUCAAGACCCUCAAGUUCCUUGUCCCAGGUGGAAUUGGAUCCACAUGUCCAUUAUUUGGUAGAAAAGACUGAAUUGCAUGCUGCUUCGCAGAAAAAAGAAAAAUUCCUGCCAUUUCGUACAACUAAAUCGAAUGUUCACGAUCCAAAUAAGGAACGUGAACGUAAAAAGGGUAAACAUUGGGAGAUAACAGCAGCAACCCCACCACCCAUACAACACAAUGCCGCACAGUUGUUGAGUCUAAUGGAUUCUGUGGAAAUACAAGCGGAAUAUUUGCAAAGAUUGAAGGAACUACAAGAAAAACAAGCCACCGAACGUUUGGCUGCCAAAUUGAAACGCAUGGAGAAAAUCAAAAUGAAACUACCUCAUGAAGAUGCCUUAAAAUCGAAUCCUUCCUUUACAAAUUAUCGCUCCAAAGAAUCCACAGCGAAAAGGACAACAAAUCAAAUCGAAGGUGAUCAAACAUUCAAUGAAGAAGAUGAAGUCACCGAUCCACUGGAUGAGGAAAAAUCAAGUGGGGUCAACUACACAGUUUAUGACUAAAUAGAAAGAAAGGAUAUUAGAUUUGCAUUGUUUUUAGUUUCAAUUACUUGUCUUUAUUUAUUUC